AUGCCCCCAGCCGAAUUGGCACAGCACAUGCAUGCAGGGCGAGCCGUGGCUGAGGAUGAGAUCCGCAGGCGGGGAGCUUUGGCUCCGGGACCCGGGGCUUUGGCUCCCGUAGGUGAUGCGCCACCGGCCGGCGGGGAGAACCAUGAUCAGGGCAUCUGGGUUCCGGGAAAGAAAAUCGGUGAGGAGGUGUCGGUCCCAAUCGAUGCCCCUUGGAUGGGAGAUAGGGCCCUAGUGCGGGUGACGGAUUCGGAGGGCAACAGCUUGGUGGUCAUGGAAGCGAAGAUUGAUCGAUCAGGAUUGGCUGAGUUCUGUGAAGGGCGAAUCGCCCUUUGCCGGGGAUCCGAGGCAAUUGCUGGUGAAGACAAGCAAGCUGGUGAUGAUGUUCGCACCAUGUCAGUGCGGUACUUGGCUAAUGGUGAAAGGGGGCGGAACUUCAAGGAUAGUGUCAAGGAGUUUGUGCAGGUGGAGUUCGAUGAUUGGCCCCUCUUGCCUCGAACAUGUCAGGAUUACCUUAGCGCGGUCAGUGAAGUAGCCGAGUCUUGCUAUAUGCAGCAUCUGGCCUGGGUGCAACAAGCUCGGAUACCAGAAGGUGACCGCGCCAUCUACGAGGACGAGCUGCUUAGCCGGGUCAUUGAUAUGGCUGUGAAAUACGAUUGCCUUAACAUCGUGAAUUUGGCCAGCUUCGAGAUGAUCAUCCGAAGGAAGCAGCUGCUUGCUGAGGCCCAUGUUGGGAAUCCGGCCUCUCCAUCAUACGAGGCUGCCGACUACUUUAUGGGCCGGCGGUAUCGUCCCGGCGGCGGGAUAGUAGUCCAGUCGCUCACCGAACACGUGGCAAAGCGCAUGCACGAAGAUGCCCAGAUCCAGAAGGAGAAGCGCAAGCUUUCGGAGGCCAAGGGCAAUGGAAAGAAUAAAGGUAAGGUUCCAACAUCGCCGCCAAACCCGGAGGGGGGAGGCGGGGGAAAGAAGUGA